UAAAGCAUAAUAACUCUCACCUCAUCGCCUCAUGCCAGCUCUCAGUCACUUCCCAUUGCUCCCUUUACUCUCUCUAUAACAUGAUAAUGUCUCCACAUUAAUUCAUUCUUUCCCGAAUGAGCAUAAAUCGUCAACUUUUUGGUUAAGUUUGAUCACAAAGAAGGAAGAAAUAAAGGUUUGGGUUUGAUGAGUGACCAACUAUCAAGGCCAAGUUCAAUCUUCGGUCUCCGUUUAUGGGUUGUUGUCGGUGUCUGUGUAGGAGCAGCAUUUGUGCUGCUUCUCUUCCUCAUCUCUCUUUGGCUUACUUCAAAACGCUCCAAAAUCAAACACGAUAAAUCUUUUUCAAAGGGCCCUGCUAAUAAUGCAAUACCCGUCAUCUCUAAAGACAUUCCAGAAGUAAGAGUUCAGUCUCAUCCUCAUCCAGAGCCCGAUCCCAUUGCCGGCAUAGAAAGGCAGGCCUUGCUUCUCCCUCGAGAAGAAGAGAGCCCUACUGGGUAUCAUAAGAUUCACGUUGAGAUCGGCAAAGAUCAUAGAAUAUGUUAUCCUGGGAAUGGGAGCAGCGAGGCCCGUUCAGGCGGUGACCAAGUAUCUGCGGUAGGGCCUGAGGUUUCACACUUGGGAUGGGGUCACUGGUAUACUUUGAGAGAGCUUGAAGUUUCAACAAAUUAUUUUGCUGAUGAAAAUGUUAUUGGUGAAGGCGGCUAUGGGAUUGUUUAUUAUGGUCUUUUGGAAGAUAACAGUCAGGUAGCUGUCAAAAACUUGCUUAAUAACAGGGGACAGGCUGAGAGGGAGUUUAAAGUUGAAGUGGAAGCAAUUGGGCGAGUUCGGCAUAAGAAUUUAGUGAGAUUGCUUGGUUAUUGUGCUGAGGGAGCCCAUAGGAUGCUUGUAUAUGAGUAUGUAAAUAAUGGAAACUUGGAACAAUGGCUUCAUGGGGAUGUAGGGCCUUGCAGUCCUCUUACUUGGGAGAUUCGGAUGAAUAUUAUCCUGGGAACUGCAAAAGGGUUAAGUUAUUUACAUGAGGGUCUUGAACCCAAAGUUGUACACCGGGAUAUAAAAUCAAGCAAUAUAUUACUUGACAAGCUAUGGAAUCCCAAGGUUUCAGACUUUGGCCUUGCCAAGCUCCUAGGUUCAGAGAGCAGCUACAUCACAACUCGUGUCAUGGGAACAUUUGGCUACGUGGCUCCUGAAUAUGCAAGUACAGGGAUGUUGAAUGAACGAAGUGAUGUGUAUAGUUUUGGGAUUCUUAUUAUGGAAGUGAUUUCUGGGAGGAACCCAGUUGAUUAUAGCCGACCUCCAGAAGAGGUUAACUUAAUUGAGUGGCUUAAGAAGAUGGUUUCUAACAGGAAUCCGGAGGGAGUGCUGGACCCUAAGCUACCUGAGAAGCCUAAUUCCAGGUUGUUAAAACGGGUUCUUCUUGUAGCUUUACGUUGUGUAGACCCAAAUGCACAGAAACGACCAAAAAUGGGCCAUGUGGUGCAUAUGCUUGAAGCUCAAGACACCCCCUUGAAAGAUGAUCGUACAAGUGCAAGGGACACAGGAGGACAAUUUCGCGACAGUCCAAAAUUUGGGUUUAUUGAGAAGCAGGGGACAGAGUCAGGUGGUGACAAUAGGCAAGAAAGUGAGGUGUAUGCCAAUAAGGCAAGAUGCCAACAUCAAGAAGUCCAUGAAGAAAACCAUUGAAAUCUUGCCAACAACCUGUGAAUGGAUUCAACACUAUGUACUGUCCAAUUAUAAGCUGCCCAACUGCAUUAUCUACUUUUGCCACUUUUACUCAGGGUGAUCUAUAUUAUUUGUGGUUCUGAAAUCACACAUUGAUAUGCCUCCACAAUCAAUCUUUUUUUUUUUUUUUUUAAAGAUAAAUUUAGACCUGGAGGUCUCUGUAAUCCAGAUAGUUAAAUUGCUAAAUAAAAAAUUUUCAUGUAAGUUAAA